UUUACCAUCUGGUCACACUCGACCUAGCCCAAUAAACAAAACAACAACUUUUACAUUUUCCACAACUUACCUUGAAGAAUACAAAGAAACAGCUUGGCAUAUAGGAAUAUUCAACUAUUUGCCGCAUCCCGGGCUUCGGCAAGAGUGUGGAACCACUGCGAACGCCAAGAUGGAGCAAGCGGCUGGGGCAGUGAGUGCCAGUUUAGAGCAAUACCUGCGAGCUUCCAGCAAGAUCAAAAAGUUCGAGCGGGCCGGCUUCUUCAAACGCUUUGCGCCAAGCGUGGGUGACGUUCAGGCGGACUUCCAGCGGCUGGCCUACAGCUUCGAGGAGGCGGGCAUCCUACAGUACGCGGCCAUGUGUCAUAUCGGCUAUGCCAAGUGCGAGUCCUAUGGCGGAGCACCGCAACGCGAGUCGGAGGCCUAUUUGCGAGCAGCCCGAUCCUUCCUGCGGGCCCACAACGAGACCGGGCGACUGCAUCUGCGCACCCGGCACUCCGGUUUCCGGGAGGGAGCGCUUCACUGCUACCAUCGGGCCGCCGAGCGGGCCGUUGACGGCUGUGUCUUCAAGGCGGCCAUUCUGCGAGAACUGAAGCAGCUGCAGCGGCAGCUGGAUAGCACCAGCAGCUUUGCCUCGCCCACCCAUCAGAUUCACGAUCUGGAAACCAGCGCCGAGGCGUGCGGACAGCGGGGUGACUAUCGGAGCGCCCUGCAGCACUACGACGACAUUGUGGACAAUGUGUAUGAGCGACGCGGAGCACGCAUGUAUGGCGAGUUGCUGCGACGUGUUGAGGUGCUGCGAUUGCUGCUCCUGGUUCACCUGAAUCUACCGCCCGCCCGCCAGUCGCCCGCGCACAUCAAGCUGAUCGAGCACUACUACAGCUUGGCUCAGUUCGAGUCGUGUUCCACCAGUGCCGACGGACUGGACGAUGGUGGACGGUCGGUGGAGCGACCAGGUGCCUUUGUGCCACCACAGCAGCAGUAUGCGUUGGCAGAGAUUGCGUGCGCCUGGGUGGAGCGGAAAAUGUGCGACCUGAAGCAUCUGCUACGUGAUUUUGCCACCGAAUUUGGGGCCCUCAGCGAGGCGGAACGGCAGCUGCUCCGAGUCAUGCACGCGGACCUGGCCAGGAGCUACUAGACGGGCGCACAUAUGUACAUCCAAAUGUAUGACAACCACUGACCAUGAAAUUCCGUGUAACUAUCGCUAAAUGUAACCAAGUCUACCAACUAACUAACCUUUGAAUGUGCCUACGCGCAAGAGAAAACAAAUAACUUACAAAAAAAGACGAGUAUAAUUAACGAAAUCGAAGAGAAUGUGAAGAGUGAAAGCGCAAUAAAUGAAACGAAGAGGGAACCAUGUACGCAAUAAAGAAUGUUUAAAAUCGAAUAAAGUCGAGGUUUUUCAAUAUUUGAGGGACCAACAUUUUAAGCCUUUCAAAUAAUUAAAUUAAUUACGUUUUUAUUUAAAAAGGAUUCCCAUACCCCGCUAACAACCUUUUAAUA